UACCCAUUUUUUCUCAUACCGUCGAUCUGGUUCUACGUAGUAGAAACCAUUGUAUCAAGUUUUGUUAUUGCAUUAUUUCCAAUGUAUCUGUACUAUUGUUGCGAACUAGUAGAAAUGCAAGUUCAUAUAAUGAGUUUGCACAUUAAAGAAUUUAGAGAGCAGUUGAACUUACACGGUGGGAGCAGCAGUUUUGUCGAAAAUGGAUUAAAGAAAAUUAUUAAGCAACAUCAUAAUUUGUUAAGGUGUAAUGCGUUAAUGCGCAAACAUAUGCAAACGGCGCAGAUUAUUAUAUAUUGUACGAUGUUUCCUUGUACAAUAUGUAUAACAAUAAUGUUAUUUUCAAACCGAGUUUCAUGGUUCUUAAAAUGCGGUGCACUUUUGGUACAUUUUUAUAUAGGCGUUUCGGUAUAUCACAAAGGACAACUAUCACAUAAUUUGAUAGAAUCAAUGUGCUUUCAAUUAUACGACCUGGAAUGGUACACGUGGGACGUGAGCAAUAUGAAAACUUUCUUGCUCUUAAUAACAAACACUCCCAAGCAAUUGAACUGGGGCGCAAUUACUCAGACCAAGGCAAUUAACUACGAAAGUUUCAACGAAGUUGUGAAAGUGUUCUACACGAUAUACAAUUUCAUCAGAACAUGUAAACAUUAAUGACUUAAUCAAAAUCGCAUUAGAAGCUGCAGUAUAACAAGUAGAAGCAAUCGAUAAAUGUAUUAAUUGACUAUAAAAAUCACUAUUAAAAAUCUAUAUAAUCUGAAGUAUCAAAUCUAGUUUCUUCUAU